CGCAGUCGUCGUGGUGUAUCCUAUCCAGGUCAUCGUGGUAUGCGCUGGUAGAUGACCACGUCGCUGGAGGCAAUCCUGUGGCAUGAAGAAUUUUGCGCAGCGCUGGGGUUGGCCUCGUGGCUGCGUCUAUCGCAAGUUGCACGCCGCUGUCGAUCGGCCAUGAAGACGGUCACGCCGACCCAAGUACUGACACUGCCUUGCCGGACGCCGCUCGACGCGGUCGUGGCGCCUCAACGCGCGUGGCCACAGCUUCGCUUGUCGUACGAGGCCUCUGGGAUUCGCAACCAUACUCUCGACCUCUGGCAUCUCGCCAAUCUGCACGCGGUCACCAUUUCUCGGUGCCAUGGCUUUGACAACGUGCACCCGCUCCAGCGAGUGCGGAUCGUAACGUUGGAUAGCUGCGACGGUGUUGUCGACGUGAGCGGGCUUCGGGAAGCCCAGGUCCUCACGUUACGAAUGUGCCCCCACAUCACGAACAUGUCCCUGGCCUCUCUAACACAGCUCCAUGCUCUGUCUGUGUAUCGAUGCAUGCAACUCUCCGACUUCACGACGUUGACGAGUCUGCGCCGUUUGAGCGUAGAAGCCAACAACCAACACACCACGGCAGUGCAAGUGAACGCGCCCCAGCUAGAGUUUCUACGGCUGGUACUGGUGACGUACCAUCCACACCAAAUUGCGCACGUUCCAUCGGUUGAGCUCGUCCACAGCCGCCGCCUGGACGAAGCUACCGACAUGAUAUCCCAUGCGUCCUACGCGUGCCACCACUCCCGCGUCACCGACAUUUCGUGGCUGUCCAACGUGGCCCAUGUCGACUUGACUGGCAGCUGGUGUCUCCAGGACGUGUCGGCGCUCAAGCACGCCACAUCGGUCAACUUGACCGGAUGCUCUGCUCUCGCGGACGUGUCUGCAUUGGCAAACGUAAAGCGCAUCAACCUCACCAACUGCUUCCGAGUGACCGACGUCUCGGCGCUGAGACAUGCCGACGAGGUCAACUUGACUGGGUGCUGGAACAUCCAAGACGUCAGUGCGUUGGGCAAUGUGUGCACGUUGAAUCUGACGGGAGUUGGAAAGCUCACGUCGGUGAACGAGCUGGGCAAUGUCCGGACGUUGAUUCUAGGCGGGAAUCGCUUCGUCAAGCACCUGCCAUCGCCAUCGACAAUCGAGACGAUUUCGAUCACGGACUGCAUUCAAAUCACCGACUUGACCCCGCUGCGACGAGCGCACACCGUGCAUCUCGAUGGCUUGCGAAAUUUGCAAAGCGUCGCCGCCUUGGCAAUGGCAACGAACGUCGACAUUUCCAACUGCCCCCUUCUUUCAGACGUGUCGCCGCUUGCCAACGUGUCCAAGGUUCGAUUGGCCCACUGCCCCAGUAUCGUCGAUGUGUCGUGCUUCAGCAACGUGAAGAGCUUGGUGUUGGAGCGAAUUCCAUUUCGCAGCGCGGCGAUGCUGGCCAGUAUCCCCCACUUGACCAUCGAGAACUGCUGGGGAUUCAGCGAGUGCGACUUGCUGCCGCCAAACGCGCGGCUCCAUGGCUGCGGAUGCGACAAUCACCUGUACACGCACACCAGCUAGUGACAGCGCCCCCCAUUAUUUGUGACGUCUCGAACGAUCCACUGGAAUGCACCAUUGCAUAUUCGUUCCAUGGGAAUGUUGCUACUCCAACACGUUGCUUGAAGUUGCGGUACCGCUGUGUUUUGUUUUUCGAGUCCAAGUGUGGUCAGAAAUUGAAGCCUUGUGUGACCAAGGACCGGCCACAGUUGACCGGCGCGUCGGUGUCCGCAGAUCAGUGCAUGGGGCUGAGUUUGUUGGACUUGAUAUACUCCACUUUGG